AUAGACCGAAAACAAUUGUGAAUCAUAUCAGUAGCGUGCUAGAGUUUGAACAGAAAAGUAUUGUAAAAUUUCGGUGAUGAGCCUUGUAAAUUCGUGGACUGAAUGGGAAACAUUAGAAGAGGUGGUCGUCGGUAGAGCAGACAAUUCCUGCUUUCCACCGAUAGAACCAAAUUUUAUGGAACCGACAAUCCAUCACAAUGACAUCGAGGAUUGGUUACCAUGGCCGAUAGGACGAAAGAAAAAGGAAGUCAUUGAUGGGGCGAACCAACAAUUAGACAUGCUUGUUGAGAUUAUGGAGGGUGAAGGCAUUGCUGUUAGGCGGCCAGCUUCAGUUGAUCAUUGUGUUGAGACAAAAACACCUUCGUGGUCAGUUCAGUCACAAUACGGAACUGGUUGUCCGAGAGAUGUCAUGAUUACUUUGGGUGAUAUUAUAUUCGAGGCCAAUAUGGCGAAACGGUCGAGAUUUUUCGAAUAUCUUCCAUAUAGGAAUGUAAUUCGCGAUCUUUGGACGCGUGACAAAAAGAUGUUGUGGAAAGCCAUGCCGAAGGCAAGCUUCGACGAUGAUUGCUUCGAUAUUGAUUAUUGGACUAGGGAAAAGAAAGUGGGUGACCGCAGGUUCACACUUACGGAAAAGGAACCGAUCAUGGAAGCGGCUGAUAUUAUUCGAUGUGGUAAAGAUAUCUUCAUUCAGAAGAGUUUUGUCACUAAUGAUGCUGCCAUCGAAUGGUUAUCGCGAGAAUUAGGUGACAAAUUUCGUGUCCAUAAAAUGUGUUUCCCCCAAAGUCUUCAACCCGCGCACAUUGACACAACAUUUAUUCCACUGAGACCCGGUCUAUGUUUAAUAAAUCCGGAUCGAUUACCCGACAAAGAAUCGGCGAAAAUUUGGUUGGACAAUGAAUGGAAAUUUAUAGAAGCACCGCAGCCGGUGUUCGAAGUUCCACCUCCGUUUUGUCAGUGCUCAAAAUGGCUAUCAAUGAAUCUGCUGUCAAUAUCUCCAACUAAAGUGAUUGUUGAAGAAAAUGAGAAACCACUACGCCAUUUGUUGGAAGAAAAUGGUUUUGAUGUCAUAGAUAUACCAUUCCGAAAAGUUUAUGAAUUUGGUGGUGCUUUACACUGCACAACGUGGGAUAUUCGUCGGAAUGAUAGUUGCAAAGACUACUUUCCACAUCAAUAGCAAUGACGUUCAGGAAGAACGCGUUGAACAGUCAUGGUAAAAAAGGCGUCGGAAACAUUAUGCUGCAUCAUACUCUUCACCUAUUUCGGCACCUUAACCCGAAUGGUGUUAAGCUAUUUAUCGCAGACAUCGGAUAGUCAUCUUAUGCCAGUUUUCAUCAGUUCAUUCUUUCUGGCAAAUAUAGUCGGCAGUUUCAUCAUGGGAUUGUUCGUCCCGUUGGAUAAGUUAUUUUCACCCAGCUAUACGUCUUGGCAUGUGGGAGUGACUACGGGUUUCUGUGGAUCUUGCACAACGUUUUCAACAUGGCAACGGAUAACGGCCGAGAAGCUAGCACACGGUCAAAUUGUCGAUGGAAUCAUGACGUUGUUGUUCACGUUUUGUACAUCGUAUGGGGCAUUCAUUUUCGGCAAACAUAUUGGCGAUGCAAUCUUUCAUCGGCCAGUGAGAUGCUUUCGUGGACAACGAUUCGGUGAAGUGUCUGUGACGAUAACAAACACAGACAUGGCUACAACUCACGUUGAACAAGGAAUCUCAUCUAGCCGUUAUGUGUAUUUGUGGCUUGUAACUGUUUUUGUUACGGUCGCCAUCUGGAUUGCUGUACUGUUGGACACGUCGUCGGAAGAUCGUCGAAAAUGUUGGACGGCUGCUGCUUUGGGUCCAAUAGGUUCAUUGGCUCGAUAUUUUCUGUUGCUUAACAAUCGGAAGCGGCCAACGUUUCCACUAUUUACGUUUAUUGUAAAUGUAUGUGCUUCUGUUGUUAGUGCAGUGAUUUUGGCUGUUUUUGUGCGACUAUCGAGUGAAAACGAACAUUGGUCGACAUACAAUUUAUGGCUAAAUUUUGGAGUGGGUGCAGGUAUUUUGGGAUGUCUUAGUACAGUUAGUACAUUUGUGAAUGAGCUACGGAAAUUAGCCGACACAAAAAUUGUACACGCGUAUCGCUACGGACUGACUAGUGUGAUUGUUUCUCAGAUUUUCUGUAUUUUCAUAAUUUGUACGACCUUUUUUAAGUAAACCAGUUAAAAAAACCAUCAAAGGGUGAAGGACAAUGGACAAAAAUCCUUGUUACUUUGACUAGCAAAAUAAUUGAUUUCGGUAGGGGUGAAGCAUACUGUGCCCGAGCUCAAAAAUGUGUCCAAACCCAAUUAUAUGAAAGUUUUAAUUUUUUUUUUGCCAAUUAAAGUCAUUC